GUUCUGCCCUCAAGUCCUCGAAGAAUGUCAGAAGUCAUGACUUGAGCACCUAUGAAGUGUAGGACUGCUGAAUGUUGGAGAUGCAGACAGCUGCUCUCAAGAGCCUGGGUCACACAGGUUCCGAUUCUGAUACCCUGGAUUCUUGGCCCUGCCAGAGUUCUGGUUCCGGAAGGCCCUUGCCAGGUGCCUUAGGACUUGCUCCCACCUGGGCGCAAGGUGGCACUGAAGACAUGGGCAAGUCUGUCCCCCAACGCCUAGGGCCAUUGGACAUCCGCAAAAGUGUGGUGAGCCUGGCCACGGGUGCUGGGGCCAUCUACCUGCUCUACAAGGCCAUCAGGGCAGGCAUGAAAUGCCAACCGCCGCUCUGCACCAACUCGCCCAUCUGCAUUGCUCGCCUGGCCAUCGAGCGAGAGCGGCACGGGCGGGACUCAGGUGAGCUGCGGAGGCUUCUCAACUCUUUGGAGAGCAAACAGGAUGAGUACGCCAGGAGCAUGAUCCUGCACAGCAUCACUCGCUGCGUGUAUUUGCUGGAGGCUGAGGCCUCUGCUUGUACUGCUGAUGACAUUGUGUUGGUGGGCUCCAUGCUGGAUGACAAGGAGAACAGUGUCAAAAUUCAAGCUCUGAACACACUUAAAGCUUUCUCUGGCAUCAGAAAAUUCAGGCUCAAAAUCCAGGAACACUCCAUCAAGGUACUGGAACUGAUAGCCACCAUCUGGGACUCAGAGCUGCACAUUGCAAGCCUCCGACUCCUCAACAACCUUCCCCUGCCUGACUUUGCACAUCCACAGCUGCGACGGGUGAUGCCUGCCUUGAUGGAGAUUCUUCAGUCAGACUAUAUCCUGGCACAGGUGCAAGCCAUUCGAUUGCUGAGCUCCCUGGCACAGAAGAAUGACCUUCUCUAUGAUAUUCUCAACUGCCAGGUGCACUCCAACUUCCUGAACCUGUUCCAGGCCUCACAACCGGGGAGCCUGCUGUUUGAGGAAUUCAGGAGCCUUUGGGCCGGUGGUUCUGAUUCAGUCAAGCUUUGGCUGCAGUCAAGCUUUUGGCCGGGGCUGCAGUCAUCUGAAGGUCUGACUGCGGCUGGAGGAUCCACUUCCAAGAUGGCUCACUUACGUGGCUGGCAAGAGGACGCAGCUCACAGUGGCCCAUGUGGGGAUUGAACCGGCAACCUUGGUGUUAUCAGCAUCAUGCUCUAACAAACUGAGCUAACCGGCCACCGACCCACGCCUGAUUUUUGUCUGGACACAUGACUGCCUAGAAUAGACACUACAUUUCCCAGCUUUUGCAGCAGCUAGGUAUGGCCAUGUGACUAUGGCUGGCCUAUGGAAUAGAAGAGUUCUUGAAGGGAGGAGUCGGGCGCUUCCUUCCCUCAUCCUCCAUUCCACUGCCUGAAAUG